GCUAUUUCUAACCAAAUGAAAGAAUUAAUGUAUUAUAUUACUAAAUUAAAUACACAAGCAGAAAUAUUGAACAUAUUAGAAAAAAUCAAGGAAUCCGAUGAACCGGGAGCAGUAGAAUGGGUCAAUGAUAAAUAUAAGCUGUGGAUAUUGGCUGGACUUUCAUCCGCAUUUACUCAAAUGGAUGCUGAUAUUUGA